AAAUAAAAUAUAAAAUACCUGUAAAACCAGUUUGUGUUCAGUGCUAAUUAGAAAAUGUUAAGAUGCCAACAUUAUAAACUAUAUACGUGACAAACUGCUUAACAGCUUAACAUCAAUGUACACGGGUACAAAGCAGGAAGGAACAGGAACUGCUAAUAGAUAAUCUACUUUUAAUGGCGAUAGAAACUAUAAACCAAUAAAUAUCAAGUUGUAGCUCACAGAAUUCCUCACUGAAUCCAUAGCAACAUUAUUCUACAUCCAAAGGCAUUAUGGGAACUGUAGUUUCAAACAUUACUGAGGCUCAGAAUGGGGUGGGGCAUAAUGUCAGACUUAAUAGUCUAAUAUAGUCAUGUAUAGACAUUUGCUUUAUCUCUUUCCUACAGGGAUGUCCUGUAACUCGUGACAGAGAAGAGGAGCCUUCAUUGCUAUAGCUACCGCUCCUCUCCUCUCUUCCUCCAGUCCACGUUCCCCCUUUUACCCCCUCUCUUCAUCUGUUGGCUGUUUGUUUUUCGCUUUCUAUCCCUCCACAUCCUUCAUCACCUGUCAUCAUGACAACCUCAGCCCUGCGCCGGCAGGUGAAGAACAUCGUGCACAACUAUUCAGAAGCAGAGAUCAAGGUCCGCGAGGCCACCUCAAACGAUCCAUGGGGCCCGUCCUCGUCUCUGAUGUCCGAGAUCGCUGACUUGACUUUUAAUGUGGUGGCAUUUGCUGAGGUCAUGGGCAUGGUGUGGAAACGCCUCAAUGACAGUGGCAAGAACUGGAGACACGUCUACAAGGCCCUGACUCUGUUGGAUUAUCUGCUAAAGACUGGAUCAGAGAGAGUGGCCCAACAGUGCCGUGAGAACGCAUUCACUAUUCAGACGCUACGUGACUUCCAAUACGUGGACCGUGAUGGCAGAGACCAGGGGGCUAACGUGAGAGAAAAAGCACGCCAACUGGUGUGUCUCCUCCGGGAUGAGGAGCGACUCCGUCAGGAGAGGAGUCAAGCCCUAAAGACCAAGGAGCGAAUGGCUGGGGGAGGCAGCGGAGGGGGCGGUGGUGUGUACGGAGGUAUACCCCCAUCUUACCACCCAGGCAGGCGAACAAGUCAGCCCAGCAUGGCUGUGCUGUACGGGGAGGAGUUCAGCCGAUCCAGAGGCUCGCCGUCCUCCUUUAACUCUUCUUCCUCGUCUCCUCGCGCUGCCUCAGACCUGGAGCAGGCCCGACCUCAGACCAGUGGCGAGGAGGAGCUGCAGCUCCAGCUGGCCUUAGCCAUGAGCAGGGAGGAAAGUCAGAAGGAGCAGUGCUGUCGUCAAGGAGACGAGUCUCUGUUACAGAAGGCCCUGGAUGAGAGCAGAAGAGAGAGCCAGUCAGGAACACAGGAGUCAGCAAUGCUGGACCUGGUGGACAUAUUUGGCCCCUCAUCUGAAGCCCCACCUCCACCUAGUGACCCUUGGAACUCUAGCCAACCCGCAUGUGACGUCACCUCUGACCCCUGGGACUCUAUAGCGGUCCACUCCAGCACUCCUGUGAUCGGUAGUCCUUGGACGGCCCCUCCGUCAUCCGCCAACGCGUCCAAUCCUUGGGCUCCAUGCGCCAACUCUUGCACUGAUCCCUGGGAAGCAGCACCUGUCUCCUCCAGCCCUGUCGAUCAUGCGUGGGACAGCCCAACAGACGGAGGUGGUGAUGGCACAGAUCCGUUCGCUGAACAGGAAGAUGAGAAGCCUAAUCAAGAGGUUCCUCAAAUGUCGUCGCCUCAACCUGCAAGUCCCACAGAUGCAGAGCUGUUCGGGGUAAAGGCAGACUCUGACCCAUUUGCCGAUGCAGAUUCCAUGCCAGAUCCGUUUGGGUCUGACCCUCCGGUAAAACCCCAGGUAAACGGACGAGAGUCGGCCAGUCCAGAGAUGUUUGACCUGUCCCGGCUAGCACCUCCGCUCAGCGCCCCACCUACACGUAUGUGUCGAACCCCAGAGGCCUUCCUCGGACCUACGGGGGCCUCACUGGUGAAUUUAGACGCUCUGAUACCCUCCAACCCGCCUAGUAAGAUGCACAACAACCCCUUCCUCUCAGGUCUGAGUGCUCCGUCUCCCACCAACCCUUUCCACUGCGACCAGCCUCGCCUCACCCUCAACCAAAUGCGACCAGCCUCUACAUCCCCACUGCCCCCGCACAUGCUCUCCUACAGUCCGUCACUGCCCCUCCCUCUGCCCCACCAGCCACCCAUCCUUCCGUCCUCUCUUACACAACCUCCUGCUGGACUCCUGGACCUUCCCUCCAACCUCCCGCAGCCCCUUCUCCCCCUUUCUCCACGACCAGCGCCCCGCACCCAGUCACAGACACAGACACACAGCCACAACCCCUUCCUCUGAGACGCCUGCGUCUAUCACACUCUGGUCUGCAGAGACUACAGAAUGGACUCUUUUUUUGGAUUCAUCUAUGCUGACUACAAUGAGACUAGUUUGAAAUGAGCCUGAACUGGACUGCGGAUCGUGGUCUGAUGUCAUUGUGCACACUUGAAGCGGAACAAUCUUGGACUGGAUGUAUGUGUGUCUGUCAGAGACACAUCAGCUGCUAUAUAACCUGAACUCUUGAAGAAAAGCUAACUCACACACACAUACACUCAGGCGCACUCAAGGGUGCACAGACACAAACAUGCACACACCACCAAACUAACAGGGUGUAUCUCAACAGUCCCUUUGAUGCCUUUUCCCCAUUAACAGCAACAACUCCGAGCACCCUUCAACCACAGAGACAGAACUUUAGAAGAUUGGGAUGAAGCCACAUACUUUGAUUGUCCACCAAGAUUCACAAGGAUCCUUACCACUGCUGCUUCACCGACGAAAGCAUGAAUGCAUCCCACCCCCCCGAGACUCUAGACUAUUCUAUUCUGCUGAGCACCUGAGAUGACUUCAUUAAAUAAAUCCUCUUUUUCUGAUGAG